GUAAAUUCUGUUCUUGACGUAGUAGGACAUGGGACUGCAGUGGUGUCUACCUGGUAGCCUGCGGUGAGCAUUAGGUAGGUGCCUGGUAGGUACGGUGGCAUCUGCCGGUCGACAAUAUCAGUAUCCAGCCUCUAGAUGUGCUGCCUGAGAUUGGCAGUAACAGUAUUUGUACGGCGAAAGGCACAUUUCAAGUUGUGUAUGGUUCAACAUGGUUCUUAACGGCUGGAAUGCCGUCUGGCUCUACCCUCUGAAGGGCGUCAUUUACCUCGUCCUUCGUCCGUACUUCUACCCUCUGUUCAAGGCUCGCCUGAUUCCUAUCUUACUGCUGUCCGCGUUCAUCUACGCCAACCUUUUUAUAUGGACCUUCCUCCCUCAAGUGGCUUUUCUCGCCAUAUUCCAAGGAGCGGGAGCGUGGCUGAAUGCAACAUUUCUUGUGCUGGGGGAAGGAGCUGCAAUUGUUGCCCUGCUUUUCGAGGCUUUCUUUGUCGAUGAAACGCUUGUGGACAUCUUUGAUGCAGUCUUGAUUGACCAGGGGCUCACCGAUCUGGUCGGCCAAGGCCGUCUGCUUGAUCUCGAGGCCGAAAACUCGGUUCAGAUGCUUGGCAAACCGACAGUAUCCUCCAUCUACAGUCCGUUCAGUCUGCGGCAGAUCUUAGAGUUUGUCGUCCUCCUCCCAGUCAACUUCAUCCCUUUCGUCGGCGUACCUAUCUUCCUGCUCCUUACGGGAUACAGAGCUGGUCCGUUUCAUCAUUGGAGGUACUUCACCCUUCGAGGCUUGGCUAAACGGGACCGCAAGGAUUAUGUAAGAAAACGACAGCUGAAGUAUACAUGGUUUGGGGUUGUGGCGUUGACACUCCAACUUGUGCCGGUACUAAGCAUGUUUUUCCUCAUGACUACGGCAGCUGGGAGUGCUUUAUGGGCGGCCAAGAUGGAAAAGGCGCGGCGGGUCCGUGAACAGGUCGCUGCUCCAGCAGCUGAGCCGUAUCAAGAUAAUCCAGUCUAAUUCAAGCAUUUCAUACCGA